GAAGAAGAGCGCUGUUGCUAUGCAACGAUGUUGCAAAGUACACAUCAAGUGCUAGGCACACUGAACAUUAUUAGAGCUAGCCACCCAUAUUAAGCCAGUCUUUCCGCAUUUUGUGGUCCACGUUCAUUGCUCAAGAGUCCAGCCAUGCCUCUUCCAGACACAAUGUACUGUGCCCAGCAAAUCAGCAUCCCUCCAGAGCUGCCAGACAUCCUCAAGAACUUCACUAAGGCAGCCAUCCGUACACAGCCCAAGGACUUGCUGCAAUGGUCUGAGGCAUACUUCAGUGCGCUGUCUAAGGGAGAGUGUCUGCCCGUCAAGGACAGACUGGAGAUGAACGUUGCCACCCAGAAGACAGACACUGGGCUGACUCCAGGUCUACUUAAGACUCUUCAUAAACAGUUGUCCCCCAGGCAGACAUGCAGCAAAGAAGAACUGCAAAAGAAAUGGAAGGGUCUGUGUCUACCCAUGGAUCAGCUGGAGACCCUGCUGUCGCUGGGGAACUUUGGCUCUGACAUCGACUGGAUGGAGUUUUUCGCCCUGGGAUGCAGUGCUCUGGGAGGGACCCUCAUGAGUUCUCUGAAGUUUGCCUGUGAGAUCCUGACAGAGGAUGAGGAGGGCGGUGCUGCGAGGAUUCCGUUCAGCAUCUUUGUCAAACUCUACACCUACCUGGCUCACCUGGACGGGGACAUGCCACAGGACCACAUUGACUUGUUCCUAAGGAGCCUGCAGGCACAAGUGGACCUCCAGCGUGGGAUGAUAAAACCUCUGGACUUUAUCCAUCGGGAUGAUAUGAACUCAACUCCUCCUGAUUCAUCAAACUUUGCCAGAGCAUCAUCAAGAUCUGAAUAAGAUCUGAUGAAAAACAGAAAGUAUGUUUAACAGUGAAAGCUGAACCAAGUCCUCAAAGAUCUGUUGUUUUGUUAAUUUGGGUGCAGCAUGCGUUUGUGUGACAAAAGAGGCUGGAAACGCCUGCCACUACACUCAUGUGCUAAAAACAUGGAUUAUGUCAUUUACAUUACCCAUACUUUCCUUAAGGGACGUCUACAGUGUGGACUUGAGUUACAACUCACCAUUAUGUUCAAGCUGAGGUGGAGGGAACCAGCAGAAACCUUCAGGGCUGCCUAUGAUCGGCACAUGUCACUCAAGCAACGCCCCCAAAGCAUUUGUCUCUUUAAGCCUCAUUAUCUUCUUAAUGGAACAAUGAUCUCACAAUCCCUACUGUGACACACUUGGGCAGAUGUAAAAUUAAUUAUUGAGACAUGAAAAAAGAAGAAUUACUUUGUAUUUCAACAGAGAGGUUGGAUGAGUUUUCCACUAUUUCAACACAGUUUGGAAUGUGUUGGAGCCAUUAACCAUUAGAGAAACUGCAUUGACUUCACCACUCUACCUAAUUACAGUGAUAAUAUGUGUGUGUAAAAGCGGCCUCAUUUACUUACAGUAUAGUUUAUCUAUUUAAUGUUUUUGUGUAUUUAUUAUUAAGACUGAUAUUGUCUCGGUCUAACAGCAUUUAUGGAAUAUAAUUUAACAAUACAUAAAGUUGAUUUGUCCAGGUUGUAGUUGUUCUUACACACAUGAACACACAUCA